CGCGUAUCCUCUUGUGAUAAGAGUCACAAUAAUGUAAAUGAUGGACUGCGUUAAAGCCUUUACGCGAGUACAGGUAUACUCUGCUAUCCGUUGAUCGCCCCUGUUCAGCACGCGAGUUUGCAAAUACGCCUUUAGGGGCAAUGUCCCGACGUUAAAGCUGCCACCUCGCCUAGAGCGGGCACCUGGACCGACCACGAGGUGAGGCUGGGAACCUCUGUCCAACUUGUCUGUGCGAGACCCCAAAGCAGAUGUCGAAUACCUCUGUAAACGGGGAUAAAGUCUGGAGCCGCGUGAGUACAGACAUGCUUUUCCAUCCGUUGACCGCGCCGCUACCAUACUGUUGUGGAAUGUCUGGAAAUGCUAGACUUGCUUUGCGUUAGGAGCACAGCCGUGGUUGAUGUCGCCUGCCGUGAUUCCCAGUGCUCUCAGGCCGUGUUGGGCAUACGGGCCAAGUCGGGCGAGCCGCCGAGUUCGCUCACGGUCGGCUCUUUGUGCCACCUGUAAAGGCAUCAACCCUCUCCCGCGCGCCGCUCUGAGGGCGUGCAGAAUUCCGGUGGAGCCGUUGGUCAUGGUCAAAAAAGCGUCCAGAGAUUGCUCAGUCAUCUGUGGGAUAAGUCGUGCGCGACCCUCGGCCUGGUGGUUACGCGCUCGUCGGGCCUCUCUGGUCAUCUCACGCUGCGGGGCAAAGGUUUGGGUAAAGCUGCCAGUCUCGGCACUUCGAUACUGCCGGAGUAUCGAGUCAUUCCUUCGACGACAGUUGCACGGACACUUUGAACGAACUCCUGGAAGUCCUCAAUCAAGCGUACGCAUCUAUCCACGGCUUUAGAGGCAGCACGGGUGAAAGCUGGUCAGAUUCGGAUGAACUCUGUGAUAACUUGCGGCGCUGGCCGCUUCGGUAUUGUUCCGGAGGAUUGUCCAGGAAUUUCGCGUCUUGUAUCCAGGGAACUGUCUGCUUCGGGAUGCCCUGACGGAGUUGGGUUGAUGACGUCCGUCGUAGGACAACCGUAUAGCAAUUCAGACGGUAACGUCCUGGUUGUGGCACUCACAGCGGUGUUCAGUGCAUACGAAACUUCUGGCAAAAGUCCAUCCCAUCGCUGAUUCCUUUGUCAUUGGUGCGGUCAGCUAUCAC